GUUCUUAGUUUGAACCUGAGAACAAAGCUGACCGCUGAGUUGCGUAUAUUUUGGCAUUAGCCGCCGCAGCCUUUCAUUCUGCUCUGAACCUGCCGACGGGAACGGCCAGAGACAAUGGACUCUUUGUUGGAGCUUUCAGGCCGAUGAAGAUGAUAUAUCUCGUUUAUCACUUUUAAAGGUCAGAUCAAAGCGCCACAAAGCUCUAGCUGCACAGUCUGCACCAGGCGCUUGCAUAAGGAAUAUGUCUGCCCUCAGGCAAUCGCCGACCUAUUGUUGUAUAAAGUAAAUAAGAAUGGCUAUAUAAGAUGCACCCUGAUCUGUGCUUCCUUCUUGUCCUACAGCCCUGUCUCUUCUGGGAGUCAUCGGUUCUUAAGUUCUUACUGCAUUCGCUGCAUUCUUGACUUUUCAACAUUGCCAAGGCAGAGAUCUCUGGGGUUAGCCACUCAAGAUGUCCACUGACGCACAUGUCUCACAUCCCAGGAUCUUGCAGGAUAGGAUGAGAGACUUGCUGGGGACCGGAGAUUACUCAGACCUGACUAUAACCUGCAAGCAGUACUCUUUCAAAGUACAUCGUGCCAUCAUCUGCCCCCAGUGGCAUCAUUUCAACCCGCCCAUGAGCGAUGCUUUCAAGGGGCCGGGCAAUUGGGUUCUUGACUUACCCGAUGAUGAGCCUGUGGCAAUCUAUCGGGUCCUUGAGUACCUCUAUACCGAAGACUACACGGAGGAGGGGUAUAUAGCGCAAUAUGACUGCCCGAUCGCCCUCCAAGUUGCGUGGAUUAAUAUCGAGGUCUACAGAACCGCCGAAAAAUACCAACUCUCCUCGUUGAUGACUUUGGCCGCCCGAAAGCUCCAUCGUUGGGCAGGAGAAUAUAGGAGAAGUGUCGCGUUUCUCGAUGUCCUGGAGAAAGUACUGUACUUGGAACGUGUCAUCCCCCAAUCCAAGCUUCGCAGUCUCUUCGUGAAACUUACGGCCGACCAUAUACAUCAUUUUAUAGAACGGCCGCAGUUCCGUAAAAUGUUGAACCAAUUUGAGGGAUUCCAAUACGAGGUACUUAUGUCAGUGGUGAAACAUAAGCGAAGGCAGGACCUGGCUAUUGGGAAUUUGAAAACAUUACGAUAG